ACAAAUGGUACAGUCCGGGAACUGAGGCUGCGGAAAAUGGCGCUGUCCUGUGCGCCCCUCCGGGCUGUGUGUGGCCGCCCGGGGACUCUGCUCAGGCAUUUUUCAAGAACAUUCCAGCAGUCUGAAGCAAGAACAGUUCUCUGGAAGCCUGCGCUGACCCUUCCUGUAACCAGUCAUGUAAGGGGAAUAUCUGGACUCACUAAAUCCACACCAGGAGUCCUCUUGUCUCCAAUUAAUAACCAACUAUCUGCCCAGAACACCUCCAUACUCAGCAGGGUGGCACCAUUGCUUCCCAGCAUUCUCCAGCAAUCAUCAAGACCAGUUACAUAUACCAGUCUUCGAAGAGGGAAGAGAAAGUCUGUGAAAUCUGUACUGGAACGAUUUAUGCGCCUACACUGUGGGCUGUGGAUUCGAAGGAAGUCUGGUUAUAAGAAGAAACUCUGGAAGAAAAGGGCAGCCAGGAAAAAACGCCUGAGAGAAAUGGUUAUCUGUAACAAAACGCAGAGCAAACUGCUUGAUAAAAUGACCACAUCCUUCUGGAGGAGGAGGAACUGGUAUGUUGAUGAUCCUUACCAGAAAUACCACGACCGCACCAAUCUGAAAGUGUAG